UCAUAGAAGAUUAUACCGUUCUUUAAUAGAGGUAUCCAGUUAGUGCUGUUUGAUCGUUUUUGUUACCAAUUCAACAUCUCAGACUCAAAAAAGAUAUGGAACUCGGAAAAUGUUUGCCCUUACUGGUUUGUAUUGUUGGCUGUCUUCACAAUUCGCAAGCUCUCAAUCGAGAUUCCUCAGAUUCAGAGGGAUUGUUGUUGAUAAUGAUGGUAGAAGAAACAUUUCAUCGCUUGAAUAUCACGGGGAUCAUUUCAGCCCGAGUUGAAGAGGGCGACGAAUGUGGAUUUGCUUGUGCAGCCAACCCAAAGUGUUUUUCAUACAACUUGGAGGCAAAUAUCUCCCUAACCGGAACAGGCCUGUGUGAGCUACUUCCAUCAGACAAGUACAACAAUUCGGAGAAAUUCAUCAAAAGCCCAAGGUUUCAUCAUUACAGUAUUAAGGCUCCCCGUAUCUCUUUGGCCGCGUUAAAGAGUACUCGUAGCCGUGACGUCACGGUAGUAACACCAAGUUUAUCAAAGAAGCAAAAUAUCGACGACUGCAAGAAUGAUUCAUGUCAGAACAAAGGAACUUGCAUUGAUCGAGUCAAUGGAUUCGACUGCCGAUGUCCACUUAGAUAUUCUGGCGCUCGAUGUGAACUUGAAAUAGACAUUUCCAUCAAUUCUACAAUUUUGUCCAAAAACACUGACUUUCUCCGCAACCUAUCAGAUUUUCUGUCGUGUGCCGUUGGAAAUAGUUCACAGUGGUUGCUGUGCCACCGCGCCUCCAUGCACGGCUGGGCUGCUGCAACCUUCCACACCAGGUGCGACCAUAAAAAACACACCGUGACCAUCAUCAAAAAUGGCCAGUACGUGUUUGGAGGAUACACUGAUAUUCCUUGGGUCUCUACAAGUGGUUCUGCCAACACUUCCAGUGCGUUUAUAUUUUCUCUACGGAACAAAGAGGAGCUGCAUCCAUUUAAGAGCAGGGUGCGGCGGCCGGAAUAUGCCAUUUACAGCAGUUCUAGUUACGGUCCAACAUUCGGAUGGGGCUACGACAUUUAUAUAUCGGAUAAUGCCAACAGCAACAAAAAUUCAUAUACUACUUUUGCCUCUGGUGGCUACUACGAGUCACCAAAAGGAGUGCAAGAUCUAAACACAAUCUUGGCCGGUACGCAGUUCUUCUCACCUGAUGACUGGGAGGUGUUUUAUCUUGGUUGAAAUACCUUUCCAUCCACAUUACUGCCAUCAAAACGAUUUACUAGACUGGGAUUCAAUUGGCCAUGAGGGCUACCCUAGAAAGAUUAUUUACAUCCUACCGUGUUACUUUCAAUAGAAAUAGAAAAAUUAUCUGUUAUAUUAGUCUCAGCACUUUUUAUCUAUUGUUCUAUUGAUCAUCGAGAAAGUUUCUACUUAUCUGCACCGAGAAAUUUAGAGUACUACUAGUAACUACAAUUCAACUUGCUGAGGGAUAAACUUAGAAUAUGCUUUGCAAAUACUAAUAAGAAUAACUAUAGUCUAGCUAGGCUGUACCUCGUGUGCCUCUUUUUUGUCCCUACUACAUUUUGACGUCAUCUAUGAUUUAUAACUAGACAUAUGCAAGUCAAAAUGGUAUCUAUUUGUUAACUUGAUCACAUUCAAUUUUAAAAUAGUAUGAAGUGUAAAUAGGGUCUUUUGUUGUUUUAGGUAACUAGCACGGCUAAUAUCACCUAUUUCAUCUAUAAUAAAUUAAUUUUGAUUUCA